CAAUUAUUAGGCGACCUCAAAACGGCGACGUAGUUGUCUCUUGCUCGUCUGUCCUUGAGCUCAUAUUUGCUUGUCGAUUGCGCAGUUCCCAACUGUCUUAACCAAAAUAGUCUUCGCCGGCGAACUGUAAAAUCUCCAUCUUUUCUGUUACCGUGAUCUUACAAUGUCGUGGUUUGCUCGAUCCAUUGCCAACACUCUCAGACUCGAAGAUGACGUCGUUUCGAGUCCCAAUCACGAUCACUCUACUGACAAACCAACCACGGAGAAGCAACAAACAGAUGAUGAUGAUUCAUCGCCAGUAUCACCAUCACGCGGCGUCAAGGAGGACAUCUCAGAGCUCACCAAAACCCUAACCCGUCAAUUUUGGGGAGUGGCCUCUUUCCUGGCCCCACCGCCCCAAUCCGAGCCCGACAAGCCUUUACUGGAUCCGAAUUCAGGACCAGCUCGAGAUUCGGAUGACGAGGAGUCCGACCCUGCGGGGAUCGCGGGUUUGCGGAGUGAUAUUGCUGAAAUUGGGGGCAGAUUCAAGAGUGGGAUAUCUAAGUUUUCGAAGAAUAUUCCCGUGUCGGAAAUCACCAAAAUGGCGUCCAACUUACUGCAACUGGGACCGGAGGAGGAGGAAGAAGACGAGGAUAAGAGGUUUGAUUCCGGUAGAGGUGCAGUUGGUGCUACUGAGGAAGUAGUGGCUUUCGUGAGGGACAUUGCUAUGCAUCCUGAGACUUGGUUGGAUUUCCCUUUGUUCGAUGAUGGAGACGACGAAGUAGAUUUUGACUUGUCAGAUGCACAACAAGAGCAUGCAUUAGCUGUUGAGCGUCUUGCUCCAAGACUGGCCGCUUUGAGGAUUGAGCUCUGCCCAUGUUACAUGAGUGAGGCUCGCUUUUGGGAGAUUUACUUUGUUCUCCUGCACCCUAGACUGGAUAAACAAGAUGCUGAAAUUUUAUCUACACCCCAGGUAGUCAAAGCCAGGGCCUCAUUGGCGCAAGAGUUACAUGAGCGAACCAAGCCAAUAGAAGAAGAUUGUUCAAAAGAGGUGAUUUUUGAAUCAACUGACACGGGUGGUUCUCAACAUGAGGAGAUACUUGCUGUCCCAUCCGUUGCUCUCUCUGCGGGUGUGGUUCAAGACAUGUCUAGUGUAGAUGUUGCUACUUCAUCUACAGUUGCUGGAUCUGGUACCAACGUGCACCCUGUCAUUAGUGAAAAUCAAAUAGUUGAUAAACUUGUGGUUGAAGAAGGACUUAUUACCCUAAGCAAAGAUGAAAAAAUGCAAUCUGCAUCGGCAACUAAGUUAGAGGAGAGUGACGAAGAGGAUGCUGAUGAUUGGUUGAAGGAAGAAAACACGGAAAUUACAGGUACCAGUAAAACCAGCAUGUCCUUUGAGGACGAUGAGGAUGUGUCUUUCAGUGAUCUUGAAGAGGAUGAUUCAGAUAUGCCUGCAAAAUCAAAAAAUGCAAUUUACAGUUCUGAUAAGGACUCACAAGAUUGGGUGCAGUUAAGGAAAAGCUCUACUGACUUGUCUAGAGAUACCAGCUCCAUCAAUCAGAUUGAUUCUGUUAAGGAAAAAGUGCAGAAUCCUGAUAGCAAAGAAUCAAAUGAUUGGCUGGAUAUUGAUGACCUUGAGGUGGCAUGAACUUAUGUAAGAUUUAAAUAUAGUUGUCGUUCCGCUCAUUUAUUAUUGUGAAUAGGCGCUCUCCGAUGAGAACUCUUAAACUGUAUGUUUGUACAUAGAACGCAUGAUAAAUAACAAUUGGGUUGCUCCGAUCGAUGUUUAUGCUAAUGCAGCUUCAAUUA